AAUGCAAAGGCAUUACUCUGGCGCAAAGGUCUGCACACACGUUGCGUGCCGCAUCUGUUCCUGCGCAGGUUUAGGCGUACAGCCGUCAAUGUAUGAAAUGCGAUAAUGCGAGCAUGCAAGUCCCUGGCAUUUUACACAUUCUGCAUCGACAUAAUAUCAACGAAACAUCUCCACAAUAAAUGGUGUGUUCUUAUUGGUAGAAGAUCGCUCCGCACAUGCAGUUGCGAAUAUUUAUUCCAACCGAUACUGCAUGAAACAGCGGAAAAAUUACUGCGCAUAAUAUUGUGCCAACACGGAUGCUGUACAAUACCAGAAAGAACAUGAGCCUGAAGAAGUGUGAUUGGCCGACGCGCUGUAUUCGCUGACGAUCGGCAGCUGAUCUAUAAAACAACAACGAGCUAAAACAACUUAAACUGAUCCAGUGGUAAAAAAGCGAGAGGCAGGGUAGGAAAUAAAAGAAAAAGCUGUGCCUUUCCAAUUUAUCGCCGUGGACGCCAUGUACAUGAAGUAGCCUUGAGAUCCAUAGCACACUGGUGACCGCAUGGCGUGCUCGAACAACGACUUGGCGUAAACCACUGCUCCAGCGAGACGCACCAUGAGUUGCCAGCAGGCGACGGCAAAAGAGACAGCUGCGGAUGCAUCACUGCCAGACCUCGAGAAUGUGGCCCGAACUGAGCUGGGAGAGACGGCAGAAACCAGAGAACGAUGCCUGUUGCAGCUGCGCCAGCUUAUCGACGCCGACACUUCCUUACUCUGGCCAACGGACGAGAAGUUCCUGGUUAAAUAUCUUCGGUGCCGAAAGUACAACGUGGAACUUGCCUUCAAGGCCAUGCGGAAGUACUUCCGCGUGAGGCAGAGCUCGCCGGAAUUUUUCAAGGGCCUCACGCCGUACACAGCAAGCUACGAAAAUGUCAUACUAGACAACAACCUCAUCAUGAUCUCCAAGCACAGAGAUCCCAUGGGAAGGGCUGUGGCUAUGAUGAAACUCGGUGCCUGGAACACUGGCAUCUGUCCAGUCAACGACCUGGUCAGGGCGGCUCUCGUGAUGGCGGAGUGGACCCUGCUGAACGAAGAGACUCAGAUACGGGGCGUCGUGGGCGUGUUUGACCUCAAGGGUCUAAGCAUAUCGCACCUCGCCCACGUCACUCCAUUCUUGCUCAGGAAGUUGGCACAUAUUGUGCAGGAUUGUUAUCCGGCACGCCUCAAAGCCGUUUACGUCACCAAUAAUCCACCGAUAUACGAACUUCUGUUCGCUGCUCUCAAGCCUUUCCUGAAAUCCAAGCUUUUGCAGCGGUUCCGGUUUUUAGGCUGUGACCCACGAACGUUCCACGGCCUGCUCCCACUUGACUGCAUACCGGCAGAGUUUGGCGGUACCCACGAGGACUUCGAUUAUUCGAGCCAGCACAUGGACGUGACCAGCACGAACGACUACUUCGAAUACGUCAAUCGCUUCGGGUACGGCAAAUAGUGAACGGAUGAUGCACCACACUCGUCCUCAGAAAUAUUUCAGGCCCCUGGCUUUGUCGUCUGUGAUAGCGAACAGAUUUCGCGUUUCAUACGAGUGUUUAUUAAAGAACAGAAAUGA